CCAGAAGCUGGAACUCAACCAAACAGUGGCUUCAAAGAGAAGGGGCACACCUGUGAGGACUGUCAGAAGAUCUUCAUGAGGAAGAGCAGCCUGAUCCGUCACCAACGCAUCCACACAGGAGAGAAGCCCUUUGAGUGCCUGGAGUGUGGGCAGAGCUUUACCUGGCGCUCAGACCUCAUCAACCACCAACGCAUCCACACCGGAGAGAAGCCCUUCGAGUGCCUGGAGUGUGGGAAGAGCUUCACCUGGCGCUCAGACCUCAUUAACCACCAACGCAUCCACACAGGAGAAAAGCCCUUUGAGUGCCUGGAGUGCGGGAAGAGCUUCAUCUGGCGCUCAGUCCUCGUCAGACACCAACGCAUCCACACCGGAGAGAAGCCCUUCGAGUGCCUGGAGUGUGGGAAGAGCUUCAUCUCGCGCUCAGCCCUCUUAAGUCACCAACGCAUCCACACAGGAGAGAAGCCCUUUGAGUGCCUGGAGUGUGGGCAGAGCUUUACCUGGCGCUCAGACCUCAUCAACCACCAACGCAUCCACACCGGAGAGAAGCCCUUCGAGUGCCUGGAGUGUGGGAAGAGGUUUCGAACGAGCACCCUCCUUCUGUGGCAUGGGGUGACGCACAGCGAGGAGAAACCCUUUCCCUGCACCAUGUGUGGGAAACGCUUUGCCCAGCCCUGGGCCCUUGCGAACCACAAGCACAUUCACACAGGAGAGAAGCCGUUCGUCUGCCCUCACUGCGAGAAAAACUUCAGCCGAAAGUGUCACCUCCAGAGGCACCUGCGAGCGUUACACAAAGCAGACAUGGAGAGCACCCAGCUGAAGCCAGAACCACCCCCCCAGAUGCUGGAGGAGAAGCUGGAGCACAAGGAGGAGCAGAGCUCAACUGGAGAAGGGGAUGAC